AGAAUCAUGAACCAUCUGGGUUUUCAUCUUUUGGUUCUGUAUCUGAUAUUCUUCAGAUUUUCCUGUGAAGCACAGGUUUCAAAUAGUGCUCCUUCACAAGAUGCUGUGUCAAAUUUCCGACCAAGUCUUGCUGUUGUCAUUGGGAUUCUCAGUUUCAUGUUUGUUCUAACAUUCUCUCUCCUCAUGUAUGCCAAGUGCUGUACCAGAGGAGCUUCAUCAGUUCAUGGCAACCCAGAAAGUCAACCUUGGCUUAUCAGAACAAGGUCAACAAGAUUCUCAGGAAUCGACAAGACUGUCAUAGAAUCACUUCCCUUCUUCAGAUUCUCCUCCUUAAAAGGAUCAAAAGAAGGCCUUGAAUGUGCUGUUUGCUUGUCCAAGUUUGAAGAUGUUGAGAUUCUCAGGCUGCUUCCAAAGUGUAAACAUGCUUUUCACAUUAAUUGUAUUGAUAAUUGGCUUGAGAAUCAUUCUAGUUGUCCUCUUUGUAGACACAGGGUUGAUCCUGAAGAUCAAACCAUUUUCACAUAUUCUAACAGCUUGAGACUGCUCAUCAAUGGCGGCCCAGCAGAAUUGGGAGAAGAAUCCAAUGUAGGGCUUUUUGUUCAGAGAGAAGAAGAAGAAGAACAAAAUGGGUCAUCAUCAAGAAUCAAUUUUGGAAGCAGCUUUAGGAGAAUCCUGAAGGGUUCUUCAAAAGAAGAAGAAUUACCUAUUCAAAAGCCAGCUCAUGAUGAUGAUGAUCACAGAAAGGUCUAUCACAAACUCAAACACAGGAUUACUGUAUCAGAUUUUGUUUUGAAGAAUCGAUGGAGCAACGUGAGUUCCUCAGACCUCAUGUUCUUGAACUCAGAGAUGAUUGGUUCUACUUCAAGUGUAAGAUUCAACAGUUCUGAAUCUCAAGGAGAAUCAGGAAAUGAGCAGCCUAUGAAUCUCAAGGAGGAGAUGGAGAGGAAGGUUUCAUUUGAAAACAAAGUGAGGAAUGGACUAAAGAACAACAACAAUCUAAAUUCUGGUUCAGAUUCUGCAGGAAAAUUGAGUGCAACAUCAAAGUAUAUGAAUCCAGAUGAGAAAAGAUCAGUAUCAGAUAUAACUGCCGUCUCUAGAUUUGAAGCUUUGGGCAUGAAAAAUGGGACCCUUAAUAAAGGUUCUUAUUCAUCUUUGGUUGAUCAGAACAAUGUGAAAGAGGAACGAGUGAGACAGAUUUGGCUGCCAAUUGCCAAAAGAACAGUUCAAUGGUUUGUGAACAGGGAAAAAAGGUUUCAACAAUCUCUGAAUGUAUAGUUCAAUCUGAUUCCUUCACCAUCUUCAUAAGGUAAUUCCUGUUUUUGAUUAGAAGUUUCAUGUAAAUUGCUAGUUUGUUCUAGAAGAGUAUGUAGUUGAAUUCAAGCGCACAGAAAUGAGCACCUUUCUUGUUUUUAUUUCUGCAAUAAGAGGGCUUGUUAAUCUUUUACUUCAAGAUGAGCAAGAUUGCUUAGAACUAUGUUCUAAGAAAU